AUGCGGGCCAAGAUCCUAAUCCAGUCCGCCUGGCUCCAGAAGAUCGACUGGGACACUCCACUUCCAUCACCGGACACGCUCGCUUGGAGGAACCUGCUCUCGCAACUUCCGCGCCUCAACGAGAUAAAGGUAUCUCGUUGGCUCGGCAGCGACGGUCCGCACUCACACGUCGAACUACACGGAUUCGCCGACGCAUCGGAGCGAGGGUACGCCGCCGUGGUAUACCUCCGCUCCUCUACUGGAAGGGGCACCACACUCCACCUGCUGACCGCUAAGGGCAAGGUCGCGCCCGUGAAGCCCGUGUCCUUGCCAAGACUCGAGCUAUGCGCGGCCGCCCUCUUGACGAACCUCGUCGUCCACACGCGCACUCUGCUAAGUUUGUCCUCAGCUCCAGUCUUCCUUUGGUCGGACUCCAGGGUCACUCUUCACUGGAUCCACGGACACGCCUCCCGCUGGAAGACCUACGUGGCCAACAGAGUGUCGCUGAUCCAGGAGCGGCUACCCGAGACGCGAUGGCGACAUGUGCCGGGCAAGGACAACCCAGCUGACUGCGCCUCCCGAGGAGUUCUGCCCAGCGACCUGGUCGGUCAUCCUCUGUGGUGGACGGGACCAUCCUGGCUUUUAGAGGACCAAGCAAGGUGGCCGAACAACGACGGCGCCCUGCUGAACGCUGCUGUGCCGGAGCAAAGAGCCGUCGCCUUACUCUCGGCGGCUGUCAAGGACGUCUCCGAGUCGGCCUUCUUGCUCCGUUUCUCGUCAUUGCACCGACUGCUCAGAGUGACAGCCUGGUGUCUUCGAUGGCGACGGACCGGCACCCGGAGAUCUCGCACCACCGCUGACGCCGCACUCUCACUCGUGUCUUGCGAGAUCGAAGACGCACUCCUUCACUGGAUUCGCACCACACAGACUCUGCACUUCCUCGGCGAGAUCACAGCACUCAGCAAAGGACGCGCCUUGCCACCCAGAAGUCCUCUCACCAAGCUGAGUCCGUUCCUCGACGACAGCGGUGUAAUGCGAGUCGGAGGACGACUGAAGAACGCCAUCCUGUCUCACGACGAGCGGCAUCCCAUCAUCAUCCCACCGGAGGCAAGGUUGACUCACUUGACAAGGUGGACUCCUGCCACCGGCGGACCCUGCACGGAGGAGUGCAGCUCACCCUCGGGUUGCUUCGUCAACGAGUUUGGAUCCCACGUGGUCGAGCAGUCGUCAAGCGGGCGAUCCACCGAUGCGUCACCUGCACGCGGUGGAGAGCCGCCGCACCGCAACCACUCAUGGGCAAUCUGCCCCGGGAACGAGUGA